AUGUCGAACUUGGUAUCGAAAAUUGAAAAUCUUUUAUUAAACGGACCUUUAGAUGCAGUUUGUGGUGCAAACAUUGUUUAUCUGGCAAUGAAUGGCAACCAUUUGGGUAGAUAUGAAGACAUCAGAACUUUGGCAGAUCGUGCGGUAAGCUCAGCAUUGACGAAAAUAACCAAUACAGAGCGAAGAACAAAAAUCUUGGAGGUUCUACCAGAGUAG